AUGGAAGCAAUACUAAAAGCACACAAUGUCAAUGUUUUCGGAUCCGGUGAGCAAGUCAUAGUCCUCGGCCAUGGUUUUGGCAGUGAUCAAUCGGUGUGGAGGUACUUGGUGCCUUACCUUACGGCAGAUUAUCGGGUUGUUUUAUACGAUACUAUGGGUGCUGGUACUACUAAUCCGGAAUAUUUUGAUUUCGAUAGAUAUUCAAAUCUUGAAGGUUUUGCUUACGAUGUGAUCGCCAUUUUGGAGGAACUACAAGUAAAAUCUUGUAUUUUUAUCGGCCAUUGUCAUUCUGGCAUUGUCGGUAUUAUUGCCUCCAUUUUUCGCCCCGAUCUUUUCUCUAAACUCAUCAUGCUAUGUUCGUCACCAAGGCUAUUAAAUGAUAAAGAUUACAUAGGAGGAUUUGACGAAGAAGAAUUAAACCAAAUUUUGCAUGGAAUACAUUCCAAUUUCGAGGCAUGGUGCGUAGGGUUCGCACCAAUGAUCGUAGGAGGCGACAUGGACUCGCCGGCUGUUCAAGAAUUUUCAAGAACUUUGUUCAAUAUGAGACCUGAUAUUGCUUUAUGGGUAUGUAAGGCAAACUUCUUAUAUGAUAAGCGACCAAUUCUUCCUAAGGUAAAAAUACCUUGCCACAUACUCCAGAGCUCUGCCGAUAGGACGUCGUCCGUCCCUACGGCUGAGUAUCUACAUCGACAUCUUGGCGGCCCGUCCAUUGUUGAGGCUAUGUCUACGGCUGGUCACUUGCCACAGUUGAGCUCUCCGGAUGUUGUCGUAUCAAUUGUUCUCAAGCAUAUUCGCCUUCAAAUAACUUAAUAAUGAUUUAUGCAU